CAUUCCCUAACCAUUUCUCAAGGCAAAGAGUGCAGCUGAAAAAAAAGAAGAAAAAGAGAGAAAGACUGGCUAUGGGGCUCAGCCGGUUUCUCCGGCCCCUCCGCCAAAAACCCAGAACCAAUCAAAAACUCUUCAGAGGGAAAAGUUGAAUUUUAACUAUUUGUUUGGCUUAUCUUUUUUUUCUUCCCUGAAUGGGUGUGAUCACAAGUGUUCAGAAAUGGGACCAAUGCUCUUAAAAGUCUGGACUUUAUGCAGCAUGUCAUUGGAACAUUUGCUGGUAGAGAUUCAACUAGAAGCCCUGGUUCCGAUCCGAAAUGCUGCUUCUGGUCCACGCCAGGAAAACAAAACCAAUGCAGUGGAUCCAACAAGUGAAAAGUUUAUGGCGGCCGAUGUCAGCAAGGCUAUGCGGCUUGGUCAGCGCUGGCCAUAAAAACAGAUACGCAUCACUGCAUCCCUUGUGGCAGAGCCCCAUCACCAUCCCGGGUGGCAGCCGCCAAUCACCCAUCAACAUCCAGUGGAGAGACAGCCUCUUUGACCCCCGACUGGAGCCCCUGGAGGUCCGCUACGACCCGGCCACGUGCCUCCACAUCUGGAACAAUGGAUACUCCUUCCUGGUCGAGUUUGAGGACACCAGCGACAAGUCAAUUAUUACCGGGGGGCCCUUGGAAAACAACUACCGGCUGAAGCAGUUCCACUUCCAUUGGGGAGCCAUCAACGAGUGGGGCUCAGAGCACACCAUCGACUGCAAGGUCUUCCCGGCAGAGCUGCAUUUAGUCCACUGGAAUUCUUGCAAAUACGAAAGCUUUGAGGAAGCGUUGAUGGAGGAGAACGGCCUGGCCGUCAUCGGAGUCUUUCUGAAGCUCGGAACCAAUCACGGCGGGUUGCAGAAGCUGGUCGACGCUUUGCCAUCGAUUAAGCACAAGGAUGACCUGGUGGAGUUUGAGGAGUUUGACCCGUCCUGCCUCUUGCCGUCCUGCACGGACUACUGGACGUACUCGGGGUCCUUGACCACCCCUCCGCUCUCGGAGUCGGUCACCUGGAUCAUCAAGAAGAAGCCCAUCGAGGUCGACGAAGACCAGCUGGAGAUGUUCCGGAUGCUGCUCUUCUCUCCGGCCGGGGAGGAGGAGCAGCGCAUGGUGGACAACUUCCGCCCGCUCCAGCCCAUCAUGGGCCGCACGGUCCGGGCCUCCUUCCCCACGCCCCACCGCCUCAGCGUCCUGCCACGCGAGCCCACCCACAAGGACCAGAUGGAGCCUCAGCAGGAGACCGCCCACCUUUGAAUCAAAAACAAAGACGUUCCUGGGUUGCGGUGAGUUUUCCGGGCUGUCUGGCUAUGUCCCAGCAGCAUUCUCUCCUGACGUUUCCCCUGCAUCUGUGGCAGCUUGUUCAGAGAUCUGUUGCAAAUGAGGCAACAGAUAUAGAUAGAUACAUAUCUAUAUCUAUAUAUCUGUGGAAUAAUGCCCAGGGUGGGAGAAAGAAUCCUGCCAUCAAUCAAAGCCCAAACAGAGGGUGCCUCCAGGCAGGAAGCAGCCAGGCUUUGGAGCUGCAAGGCUUCUCAAAGUUUAUCAAACUGGUUCAAUUGCAAGAUUGCCUCAAGCCGAUAAGGGUUCUUUCUCCCGCCCUGGACAUCGUUCCGCAGAGGGUGCCUCCAGGCAACAACAGCCAAGCUACCUCCUUGCAGAGACCCUCACUUGAUUGACUUUGCAAACUUCACGGCUUGCUCAGUGCUAUUCAGGCAGGCUCAUGGCAACAUUUGCAAUUGCUUCACUACAGGCAAGGGUUCUUUUCUCCCACCCUGGACACCAUUCCGCAGACGGUGCCUCCAGGCAACAACAGGCAAGCUAACUCUAUGCAGAGACCCUUACUGAUGGGCAUUAUUCCACAGAUAUAUUAUUAAUAAUAAUAAUAAUAAUGAUGAUGGUCAUUAUUCCACAGAUAUAUUAUUAUUAUUAUUAUUAUUAAUAAUAAUAAUAAUAAUAAUAAUAAUAAUAAUAAUAAUAAUAAUAAUAAUAAUAAAAACACUCAGACCCUUACUGCUGGACAUUAUUCCACAGAUAUAUUAUUAUUAUUAUUAUUAUUAAUAAUAAUAAUAAUAAUAAUAAUAAAAACACUCAGACCCUUACUGCUGGACAUUAUUCCACAGAUGUAUAAUAAUAAUAAUAAUAAUAAUAAUAAUAAUAAUAAUAAUAAUAAUAAUAAUAAUAAUAAUAAUAAAAAACACUCAGACCCUUACUGCUGGACAUUAUUCCACAGAUGUAUAAUAAUAAUAAUAAUAAUAAUAAUAAUAAUAAUAAUAAUAAUAAUAAUAAAAAACACUCAGACCCUUACUGCUGGACAUUAUUCCACAGAUGUAUAAUAAUAAUAAUAAUAAUACACUCAAGGUGUGACACAAAAUACAAAACACAAGGGCAAAACAAAAUAUAGGCAAUAAACAGUCAACACAACAUCAUAAUUUCACAGUAUUUAUUAUCUAGCAAUAAUAAUAAUAAUAAUAAUAAUAAUAAUAAUAAUAAUAAUCUUUAUUUAUAUUUCGCUAUAUCUCCCUGGGACAAUUCAGAGCAGAUUAUACAGAAACAUACAUGACAAACAUAUUUAGAUAUAAUAAUAACAAUAACAACAAUUAUAAUAUACAAACAUAUUUAGAUAUAACAACAACAACAACAAUAAUAAUAUACUUUAUUUACAUUCCGCUAUAUCUCCUGGGGGGAACUCAGCGCGGAUUACAGAAACAUACAUGGCAAACAUAUUUAGAUAUAAUAAUAACAACAAGAACAACAACAAUAAUACAGUAUAUUUUAUUUAUAUUCCACUAUAUCUCCGUGGCGGGAUUCAGAGCGGAUUACAGAAACAUACAUGCCAAACAUUCAUUGCCGCUACACAAUGAACAACAAACCCCAUAUAGAUACAAACCCCAAUGCCUUGUGCAGGCGAAAUGUCAGGAGAGAAUGCUACUGGAAUACGGCCAUAUAGCCCGAAAAACUUCAGGUGUUUUGGACUGCAACUCCCACCAUUCCUAACAGCCUAGUCCUUUGAAACUCUGCAAAGCAUUGCUUUCGUUUCGAAAACCAAACAUGCAACAUAUAUAUAUAUAUACAUACACACACACACACACACACACACACACACACAUAUAUAUAUAUAUAUAUAUAUAUAUAUAUAUAUAUAUAUGUCGGAUCCGGUGUUUACCUUGGGUCCGUCUGGCUCAAUCCUAUCUACCUCUGACACGUGUCGAUUCCAAUGUUACAGCGGUUAUCUCGCUUCUUUUCACUGUUUAUCUCUGCUUCACAGUUGGACUAUUUUAUGUUAGAUAGAUAUAUAUAUUCGGGACGACAAACAAAGAAGUGCCUUCUCCUAGGAUCCUAGUCUGAGUAAAAUCAAUAAGGAAAAAUAAUUAAAAUAAUGUUGCUAUACACCUAA